AUGGUCUGCAUGCUGUCCAACGUCCUGCUGCUGCUUCCUGAUCGGAAGAUCCACUUCCUGUUGGAGGGUCAUGUGACCAGAGAGGCCACGUGGGCCACGGGCCUGUGGGGGUCCGGACUCCUGGUCCUGUUCGCCGCUCGAGCCUUUCUGCAGAGCAGCGAGACCCGAGGCUGCUGCGCUUUCAGGCGGCAGAUGUGCUCCCGGGUGAUGUUCUCCUGUGUGUGUAUCUUGUCUGCGGGGUUCUGCUGUCUGGUGAGUCUGACUGGUCUGUCCCAGGGUCCUCUCUGUCUCUACCACGACUCCUCUGGACCCACCUGGGGCGUCCCGCUGAAACCAGACCCAGACCGCUAUGCGGGCUACCUCUACAACAUGUCAGCGUGGUCCUCAGUGUGUGAGCAGCCAGCGGGGGUGGUCCAGUGGAACGUGGUCCUGUUCAGUGUGAUGGCCGGAGCCAGCGGUCUGCAGACCCUGCUCUGUGGAGCCAACGUGUUCAACUCCCUGCUGGGCCUGGUCCUGGGACCGGGCUGCUGCCAUGGCAACAAGGUCAGUCCAGCUGCAGUGUGAAUGGCCGUCCGGGAUCCUGAUUGGUUGUUCCUCUG